CAAAAAAAAAAAAAAAAAAAAUCAAACAGCAUGGAAAUGAUACCGAAAGCUUCACAUCACACUGUCUCUCUCGCUCUUCUCUCAGAAAUUCUCCAUCUGGGUUCUCUUCAUUUUCUCGUCCCAGUCCCAUUCAUGAUCAAUCUCAUAGGUUUAAACAAACGCCAUUACUAAUAAAUUUACAGAAAAGGAAAACAUUUUUCUUUAAACGACGACGUUUUCACGGCUUCUUCAUAAUAUGAGCACGAUGACCUCCUCCCAGAAACCGAAAAUCACAAACCGUAGUAGCCAAAUGAGAAAGAAGAGCAUGAUGAACAACAAAGCUCACCACCAUCGGCCUCCGUGCACUCGCAAUCAGCGGAUAGCAUCCCUCCUGUUGGUUUUCGCCGCCUGCUUCUUCUUCAUAAGGAGUUUGGACCGUACGUUUCGCCGUCCAUGCAUCCCCAACUUCACGACCGAUCUCGUCCGCACAUCACGGUUGCCUUUCACAGACGGUGGUGAUCUCUCUUGGCCCCAGCGAGGAUAUGGGGUCCACCUCGAUCUGAAAAUCUACGUUUACGAGGAGGAUGAGGUCGACGGCUUGAAGGAGUUGAUGUACGGGAAAGACGGCAAUACUAUAACCGCAGAUACUUGCUCGAGAGGCCAAUGGGCCACUCAGGUGAAAAUACAUAAGCUGCUUCAAACAUCGAAAUUUCGCACAAGAAAGAAAGAGGAAGCAGAUCUAUUCUUUGUGCCAACAUAUGUCAAAUGUGUCCACGUGUUGGGUGGCCUCGACGACAACCAGAUUAACGAGACCUAUAUCAAGGUAUUGAGUCAAAUGCCAUAUUUCAGAUUAUCUGGUGGCCGAAACCAUAUAUUUGUUUUUCCCAGUGGUAAUGGAGCUCACUUCUUUAGCUCUUGGGCAACAUAUAUAAACCGUUCCAUAUUUCUUACUCCAGAGGGUGAUCGAACUGAUAAGAAAGAAACAAGUAGCUUCAAUACAUGGAAAGAUAUAAUAAUUCCUGGCAAUGUUGAUGAUGGGAUGACCACCACGAACGACUUGGUCGGUGUCCAGCCUCUGCCUCUAUCGAAACGAAAGUAUUUAGCAAAUUAUAUAGGACGUGCACAAGGAAAGGUUGGUCGUCUUAAAUUGAUAGAGCUCGGAAAGCAAUUUCCUGACAAGUUGGAAUCUCCAGACUUGAAGUUCACUUUUCCUGAUAAACUAGAGAAGAUGGAAUAUUUUGAACACCUGAGAAAUGCCAAGUUCUGCCUUGUUCCUCGUGGAGAGUCAUCGUGGACUCUUCGCUUUUUUGAGUCUUUCUUUGUGGAGUGUGUCCCAGUGAUAUUAUCAGAUCAAAUAGAAUUGCCAUUUCAGAAUGUUAUUGACUACACUCAGAUAUCAAUCAAAUGGCCAUCUGAUCACAUAGGACCUCAGCUAUUGGAGUACUUAGAGUCAAUACCAGAUGAAGCUAUAGAGAAUAUGAUUAGCAAUGGCAGAAAAGUAAGGUGUUUAUGGGUCUAUGCUCCUGAAUCAGCUCCAUGUUCUGCAAUGCAAGGAAUCAUGUGGGAACUCCAGAGGAAAGUCAGGCAAUUUCACCAUUCAGCUGAAACCUUUUGGCUGCACAAUGGUUCUAUUAUGAACAGAAACUUUGUCAAAUUCUCUGAUUGGAAACCUCCUAUGCCUUUGCCUUGACUAUGCUUGGAAAUUAUCUACUAUUAGUUUAUUUGUAUUAAUCUUUUUAGCUGUCAAUUGCCGUGUUUGUUCAAAAAUGAAUGUAUAUUCUGGAUAGAUUUUGUACCCUUUUGUAAAUUAAAUAAUAACCAAUACUGGAAGGAACUUUUCUUCCUAUU